CCCAAAACCUGAAUCCAAACAGUUUCAGCUUCAGAUACCUUCCCCCAAACAAAUCCUUCUCCAUUCUUCUCUUCUUCCCUCUCUGUCUCUCCCUUUCCCGCCAUGAAAUGGGACAUGGAAAUCGAGGAAAUCGAGGUUAUCCUCGAGAAGAUUUGGGACCUUCACGAUAAGCUCAGUGAAGCUAUUCACUCGAUUACCCGAGACCACUUCCUCACCUCCACCCAAAAUCUCAGGAAAUCCGACACCAAGGAUUCCAAGUCCCCCAGUGACCGACCCACUCACAACCCUGCUGGCCCCUCCCCUUUCGUCAGGGACUUCCGGAUCCACGUCGAUGAUUCAGCUAUCCAGGAGGCCAGAAGUCUAAACGCCAUUCGAACUGCGCUUGAGAAUCUCGAAGAUCAGCUUGAAUUUUUCCAUACCGUGCAAGUGCAACAACAGGUUGAUAGAGAUGCUGCUAUUGCACGACUAGAGCAAAGUAGGAUUGUUCUUGCAAUGAGAUUGGCCGAACAUCAUGGCAAGAACUAUAAAGUCAUCAGUGAAGCCUUAGCGUUUGUUGGAGAUGUACGUUAUCCUGCUAACUAUGCUUCGCAUGGGAAACAAGAUGCUCCACCAUUUACCCCAAAUUGUGAGAAGCUUGCAUUGAACAGUUCAAAGAGGUCUAAUAUUGUUGUCAAGAUGCUAUUCUCAACUCUCGACAUUGCGAGAAAAUCCCUCAAAAUGGAUAAUGUGGGCGGGAUACUUGGCAAUGCUGCCCUGGUUGCAAUCAGCAUGCUUGCAUUUCUGCAUAUGCACCAUAUAGCAUACAAGGAGCCAUCACCUGAGAAAGACGAUAUUCCCUUCAACAGAAAUCUUCAGAGAACAUCUCGGCUCGAAGGAUCUUCCCCGAAUGAAGAUUUCCGCAACUUCGACGUGUUAUCAGCUAGGGGUUAGUGUGAAUAUAUUAAACUUUUCAAGCUUUGAUGCAUCUCUUAUCUGCUUCACUAAAUGUCAGCUGCUUAUCCUGUGGAAUGAGUCAAAUAUGAUCAUGUCUGUUGUAUGAAAAUUAUUUGAUUUAGUUGUUAGAAGUUUCAUCACCAUU